AUGGCUUCUAUGAUGCUUUCCUUCGUACAGAAUCUUGUUUACUCGUCCUCAGUCGCAGAAAGUGACCAUGGAUUGGUCGAGCCAACUACGGACCAAGAGUAUGUGUUUACCCUCAAGAAUCAGGCCGCCGUGCAGGACAAACUGGAUGAAGGAGUGGUCAAGGUUUCUAAACUUUUGAUCCACCCUAUCAAGAGUUGUCGUGGAACCAGCGUAGCUUCAGCUAGAUACACACCUAUUGGACUGGAGAAUGAUCGCAGGUGGUGUAUUCUCGAUGCUAAGAACCACGGUAUCAUGACUGCGAGAGCGAUUCCCAAGAUGGUACUCAUAACACCACGAAUCAUUGAAGAUCCCUCUGACCCCUCUGGUGGCCGGCUCGAAGUCUCAUUUCCUCCUGAGUCAGGUUGCGAAACAUUCUCGAUACCGCUCAACCCUACACCCGAGAUUCUGCAGGAUUGGGAUAUCAUUGAUGACUGUACAGUCCACAGUUUCAAGGAAAUUGACGGCUACAUCACCCAACCGUGUCAGCCGUCCGGUGAUCCUACGCUAUGCUCUACCAUCCUCAGUCGCUACAUGGGCCGCGAAGUACAUCUACUGUAUAAGGGUCCUCGGCCGCGACCUGCGCCUCCUACUGUAGCCUUUCCUGAUCUGGAAGCGACUGUUGACUACCAUGAUGGCUACCCACUCUUGGUAGCGAGCGAGGAGAGUUUCAUGGGUGUGAAAGCUUUAGCAAAAGCAUGGUGUAAAGAACAGACCAAGGAAGAGUUGGUCAACUGGGAUAUCGACUCGCUUGUAAUAGAACGGUAUAGGCCAAAUAUCGUGUUCAAGGGAUCCGGUGUCCCAUUCGCAGAGGAUUUCUGGCGACACAUCCAUAUCUCACCAGCUGGGUCAGAAGACUCAGAGAACGACGGUGCCUUCUCGUUAGUUUCGAAAUGUACCCGUUGUAUGCUACCAAAUAUCGACCCAGCCUCUGGUGUCCGCAACAUGGCUAUCCCUUCCAAACCGAUGCUGCAGUUCCGGAAGGGCUUGGCCCCACCCAAUACCAGCAAUUCAUGUUUCGGAUGCAAUGCAGUACCAGCCGGUUCUGGUGUGAUCCACGUCGGGGACAUCGUCCGUGUUGAGGACUGGGAAGACGUCUAA